AUGAAAUACCUCGAUUACCCAAUACUGAACCAGCUCUCCGCUUCACUUUCUUCCGAUGGAGAUACAGAUCUUCAAGUGAAUGUUCGUUUUGAAGCUUACUCGGUCAAACCUGUAGGCAAGGAGAAAAGGGCGUUCAAGGAAAGAGAGGAAGCCUAUAUGUCAGAGCAGGAAGGCAUGGAAGAAAUGAGCUUCUCACCGGAAAUGAGAGAAGCGGGGCUGGCAAGUUGUUUUGGAAGAUUAGACGAAAGAGAAUCUCGAAAAGUACACUUCCUACUUGUGUCGACCCUCAAUGCGGCUUUCCCGGAUCACGAUUUUACAUCCCUUCGACCUGAUCAUUUCACAAGAGAACCUUCAGCUGCCCAAAUCCUUUCUCAUCUAAGUGGAAGUCUACUCGGUCCCUCGGGCGGUAUCGGUACCACACCCAUCAUUCUUAGUCAAGCAGGAUCGUAUAACCCUUCAUCGAUAAAUAAAAGUCCACCAGGAUUAUCACCGUCAAACUCAUCACCUAAUCUCGGUCCGACCGCAUCAAUACCUCAUCCAGACUUAUACCGAGUCCUGAACGACGUACUCCCAAUGGAAGAUUGUGAGGUCUAUUCUUGGUUUCCUGAACCGGAAUACGAUCCGCACAUUGAUAUCUCCUUGAUCCCACAAGAAGAGGAAGAAGACGAGUUCGAUGAUCCAUCAAUGUCGAUGGAUUUAGACGAUAAUGAUAUUGACCCUUCAUGGGGCGCAGGCGGGAUGGAGCUAGAUAUAAGUGAAGAAAACGUGCAUUCCGUUCCGAUGAUGAGGCAGAAUUCAACUUCAGGUGGUGGAAACGUAAAUACAAAUAUGAGGAGGAGUAGUGAGAGUAAUAUAGUUUUAAACGAUUGGGAUGUCGGUAGAGAACGGAAAGUAGGUGGUCUACUUUGGAGUGCCAAUUAUUUUUUCUAUUCCAAACGACAAAAACGUAUACUGUUCCUAACAUGUUGGUGUCGAAAUCGACCAUUACACCCUCCACCUCAAAUCGAAUCUGCCUUCCCAGUCCAAAUCUCCGCAUCAUUCUCAUCACCCUCAUCAUCCUUUGAACACUUAGCACCGCUAUCUAACGGAAAUGCCAUCAGAUCACAUCGGUAUAAUCAUCAUAAUCACCACCAUCGUAAAUCCAAGACUUCAUCGUUGAGAACGAUAAGUAAAAAUAUCGAUAUAAAUAACACUUCAUCUACGAUUCCAAUCAGAGGGAUGGAGAGACCACCAAAUCAGCCGGUCGUAUCAACUCCCAGAUCAACUAGAUUGGCAAGUUCAGCCCCCGCAAUUGGAUUAGGCACCAAAUCACCCAUGACGAAAAUGAUGGCAGGUGGAUUCAAACCUCGUCAAACUCCAGCAAGAUUAGCUAUGAAUGCCAAGUCUAGAUCGAAAGAUGAUAUCGAAGAAGAUGGUAUCGAAGUGAUCGAUAUCACUACAUCGCGUACAAGAGAAAGGAGUGGCUCGACUACCCCUGGCCCGAUAACAGGCUCGACCUCCGCAUUGACAGCAGGUCUCAGAGGGAAUAUUCAAGCCAUGGGGGAGAAGGGGAAGAGGGUCAAGGUUUGA